AUGAAGAAAGCGAAAGGAACAUGGUGGAUAUUAGAUAGUAUCGGAUACAAGAAAGAAGUAGAGCAAAUCGACUUAAAACAUAUAAAUCAGAAAGUGAACGAAGAUCACGUCGAGAUCGGUAUCGAUUUGAGGGAGUACUACCCUUCGGUGGAGUGGGAUAUUCUUGAUAUAUUCUUCAAUAUAACUUUGCGGAGGAAAACCCUAUUUUACACAGUAAAUCUGAUUGUUCCAUGCGUUGGAAUUUCUUACCUAUCAGUACUUGUCUUCUACCUACCGGCUGAUUCUGGAGAAAAAAUUGCCUUAUGCAUUACCAUCCUCCUAUCUCAAACGAUGUUCUUCCUCCUCAUAUCUGAAAUUAUUCCUUCCACUUCCCUGGCCCUUCCUCUCUUAGGACGCUAUAUCUUGUUCACGAUGCUUCUGGUAGGCCUCUGCGUAGUGAUCACUAUAUUUGUCUUGAACAUACACUACCGGAAGCCUAGCACUCACAAAAUGGCACCUUGUGUUAGAAAAAUAUUCAUAAGGUGCCUACCCAAACUCCUGUUGAUGAGGGUUCCCGACCAAUUACUAGCGGACCUAGCGACAAAGAAGAGGACUUCUUGGAGUCAACACAAGAUCACGACGAGCAUGGGUCUUGCUAUUACUCCAUCAGCAGGUUCUUCUCCGGAGUCAUUGCGGCACUUCAGGCCGAAUGGUCUUUACUCUACUUCGGCUUCUAAUAGGCUCUCCGGUUUGAUCGGAGCACUGGGUGGCAACGGCUAUGCAGGUCUGCCAUCCGUAGCAGGACUGGAUGAGAGCUUGUCCGAUGUGGCCAUUAGGAAGAAGUAUCCUUUCGAAUUGGAAAAGGCCAUACAUAAUGUCAAGUUUAUUCAGCAUCACACACAAAGGCAGGAUGAAUUCGAUGCGGAGGACCAGGAUUGGGGGUUCGUAGCUAUGGUCCUCGACAGGCUCUUCUUAUGGAUCUUCACGUUGGCUAACAUUAUAGGUACGAUUGCAAUCCUCUGCGAAGCUCCUUCACUCUACGACGAUACCAAGCCGAUAGACAAGGAAAUAUCACACGUUUACCAGGCGAAGUCAUUCCCGCCUGGAACGCAAAAUGCAGAUUUCUAGCAGUUACCCUGGUAAAGGAAGUGAUGCGGACAAGCGAUGUUUUUACAAUCAGGUUUUUAUAUUUUCUACUUUUUUUUUUACUGUUUUCGGAAAAUUAUUUCGUACAAUGACAAUCAUUUAUUUUCUUUUAAAUGGAAUAUUAUUUUAUGUAUAUCCUGAAUUUCUUUUAACCACCUUGAUAAUUCGAAAUUACUAUCUUUUUGUUUCAAUCUUAUUGAACAGUAUAAUUAAAAUUAAGUUGAUGAAUUAACAUCAUUUGUGAAUGUCACUUACCAAUACCUUAAUCGGAUUAGAAAUUCGGAUUGAUACAAAAUAAAGUUAUACGUAAAGAGUUUAAUUAAUUGGCGAAAUGGUUAAAUAUAAAAAACCCAAUCAAUAUAAUCACGUGCGCAUGAUCAAAACUAGUGAUGGCAUGAAUAUAUUUUAUAUUUUUAUAGAAAGGUUUAGUAUUCGCUUACAGCUGAGACGAAGUUAAGAUUUAACGCAAGGAUUUGCUUGAGUUUGUAUUAAAUACGAAAUUACUACACAUAAAUAAUUUUUAAAAUUUCAAUUGGCAGUUUUCAGUCAAAUGAAUUCGUUGAAUUAUUGUCAAACGAAAUAUACCAUUUAUCGGAAAUUUAAUAAACAGUGAAAUUAUUAACAAUCGAAAAAUUAACCAAAAGACAAUUUCAACAUACGGAAUGUGUAAGACUGUGUUAUCCAAGCGAUGUUUGGAUAUCCAUGCUUUGACAAAUCGUAUGUAGCAAGCAAAACUACGGAAUUUGUGGAACCGGAGGAUUUAAUACUUCCAGAAGGCAUUGAAGUUAAAGUUAAGACUCUUCGUGUGCCAUCUCUAAUAGUUCACAAUACCAUAUAACCGUUUAUAAAUAAACCAAUAACGAUUAUUGGACAAUAACUUCCAUACUGUGUUCGGUUCGACUUGAGUUUGAGACUGAAGGUUAUAACUGAAUUGACAAUCGGAGUCAUGAAAAACGUUUCAUCAAAAGUAAUAGGUCUGUUCCAAUAACCAGCAACCGUAAACCAGCGCAUGCGUACGUUUCCGUUCCUAAAUCUGUAACCCGCAUGCGUCUGCCAGUUUGCUGGUAGUUAAAACCCAUAUUGGGACAUACAUAAUGUUUAUUGGUAAUGGUUAAGGUAUUGCUAUAAUAUAAAAUAUAAAGAUUAUUAAACUUACAAGGGAGGUCGCAAUAAAUGGGUUAUCAAUUUCAACCAUUUUUUUUUUAUACUACAUCGAAAAAUAAUAGACACAUGACGCCGGGGGCGUUCAUUCCAACAGGCACUACUAGCUGAAAAAAAAAAUAUUUUAUAUAAUUUAAAAAAUAUUGUACUAAUUUUUUUGCCAUUGCUUUGCCCGAAUGUCUAGGUUAUUAUAUACCGAUCGUUAUUUUUUUCAGAAUUAAAAAAAAUAUUUUCUAAGGUAUCAAAUGAGUUAUAACGUAUUACUAAAUUACUAAACCAUAAUAUGUAUCCAUUAAAUUAGGUAAAUAAAUUUUUGUUAUGAAAAAGCAAGUUACGUUCGUUUAUAGUAUUCUUUAAAACUCUUAAAUAUUAAUAUUUAUAGAAAUAUGAAAAUACAAACUUUAGUACUUGAUUUUCUUGGAGAUUUUGUUUUCGGCCGUUAACUAAAGCUUUCAUAACUCAGGGUUUACUCCAAAUGGAGCGUUAAUAAAAACGUUGGAAAGCAGAAAUACUCCUCUUCCGACCCAUUUAAAUAACUUUUAGAUUUUAUUCCUUUAUAAGGUAGGAAUGAAGUGAAACUUCAUUUUUCAUUUUUUCAUCUUUCAUUUUAUAUCUUCCCUUCUAAUUUGUUUACGAAGUUCUGGUCUGUGCAGUUUCGUACGGCUUACAGCGCUCUAAAUCUCAGAUACUAUUUGAGUGAAUUUGUGGAAUUAAUUACCGACAUUUCUGUGAUCAAAAUUCACCUAGCAUUCUUCAUUAGAAGCCUCUUUUGUUUUGUUUUUGCAAUUUAUGAUACGUUAGGACUCAUUACAUACCAUCGACAAUAUAGUUUUCUUAUUCAGUACAAACAAAAUAAUUUAAGCGGUACAUAAUAACCCAUUAUAACAAACGCUAGGACAUGUCUAAUACUUUUUCGAUGCAGAAUCACCCAAUAAAAAAUUUGGUUGAAAUCGGUGCCCACUGAAAGUAGCCUUCUCUUGUCAGCAUUAUAAUGCCUUGAUACGUUAAAAAAAAAAAACAUCAAUUCCCUGAUGUUUUAUUGUAGCAAAGUUUAUCUUUGUAAAUAAUUCUGUGAUGUCCAGGUUAACUAAAAGUUUCUCGUGAAUUAGGGAAUAAUAAAUUAUUCCAUCAGAAAUGUGUAUUAACUGCCGCUCAAAUUAGUUUUAAUAAAUUUGUGAAAAUAAAUUAUUUCGUAGUGAAUAUUUAGAAAUUAUUUUAGAACUGAUGAGAAAGAUGACGUUACGUGUAAUACUUAACCGUUAUGAUAUCGUGUUAAUGGGCAUGAAAUUAUUGUAAUUUUUAUCGUUACUUAGGAUAAAUAAUUAAUACAUUUUCGUAGUUGUAAGUAAAUGUCCAUUUGUUCAUUUAAAAGUUAAGUAUUUAUAAGUGAAAACAUUGUAAAAAGAGAACUGAUUGUAUAUCUUAAGAUCAUUACGUUGUAAUGUUUCUAAUUUUUUUAUAUAUUAUAUGCAGUUUUUAUUAUUAUUAUUUUUAUUUUAAAUCCUUGAUGUUAUAGAUAUGUCCUAAUGUAUAAAAUUAUGAAUCUCUUUCACUUAAUUCUAGAUUUUAUGAAAUUAUAACAGUAUUCAAAAUUAUAUUUUUCAGUCACUUAUAGAUUAUUUUUUUUAUUCCUUGCCGUUUAUUCACUAAUUUGUAAUUUAUCGGCUCCAAUUAUUUCAUUAUUUAUUUUUGUAUAUCAAAUAUUUUAAAGGUAAAUACGUAAGCAAAUAGUAUAUGUAAAUUUUAUACACGAUAAAAUUUAUUCAUUAAUAUUUGAGAUUAUUGUGGAUAUUUUUAUUGUUAUUUUGAACUUAAUGUGUUUAUUUUUAUUUUUCUCUUACUUAUCUCCUAUAUUUAUAUGAAAGAUAACUUAAAAGUAAAUCUUGUUUACAAUUUUUUAAUCAAUUAAUUUAUACACAUAAUUGUAUAUUUUAUUUUAUUUAAUAACAUUAAUAAUUUUGUUUUAAUAAAUGAAAUAGUCCAUUACAAAUAUGUGCUCUAAAUGGUUCUAAUCGCCAUAUUUUCGAAAUAAAUAUUUAAAUUUUUCUUAAUUAUUUUAAAUAUCAACACCAACUUAAUAAAAUUUAAGAGGAAAAAUCGGUUUUAAUUUUUAGUAAAUUUAAGGUAAAUGAUGACGUUUUCUUUAGACCAUAGGCUAUAGUCAAUGGCCUAUAUAUAGCACCUCAAAGAUUUUUUUUUUUGUAGUACAUAUACCUAUAGGCUUGUACUGUAAUAUGUAAAGUAUAUGAAACAUGUAAUAUAAAUAAAUAAACAGUCCUUUUGUAGGGAUAUUGUAGAAGCUAAUUAGUUUUUGAAUAAUUGUUUUUAAAUGUUUAUUAAACUAAUUAAGAUAGAUCAUGUGGAAUUAAUAAUUCCAUGGUCACCGCCAUCUUGUCUCUUCAAUUCCAUCGCAAACACGAACAUUCGAGAUGUUUGGCUGUAAUAUAUUUUCUACAUGUAAAUAAUUAAUAAUUUUUUAAUAAAAACAUUUGAGAGCAUUGUUUUUUGUAUAUUUACAAUAAAUGUGUUAUCCUGUUCUAUUACAAAUUAAUUAUUUUAGGAAUAGUAUUAAUGAAUAUGCCCUUUGGAAAACCUAUUGUUAUAAAUGUAUUUGUUAUGAAAUAAAAAAAAAAGUUAUCACUGUAUGUACCUUUACAAAUAUAUCCUAAAUAUGAGUUUCUUAAUACUCAUUAAUAAUUAUUAGGUUUCAAAUUGUGUUGAAAAGGAUAUUUAUCAUAAGUUGAACUUAUUGCUUCAUGGUAAGGUAUUAUGUUAUAAAUAUAUGUUAAUAAACUUCCAAAUUGCUGUGAGUAAUUAUUAAUUAAUAAAUCAUGUUUUCAUGUUUUAUGUUUUAUCAUCAUUAUUACCUACUUCGAAUAUUAUUAUUAUAUUUAAUCAAUAUAUG